AUGGCUGGAUUUCAUCAUGGCGACCCAUACUUUCCAAACAAAGGCAACGCAGGAUGGCUUGACGCAGAGUCCGAUGAUGAGCACCAAAUCCCAUUGGAUGAUCAUCAAGCAAAAGAAAAAAUAGAAGAUGGUGAAGAAGUAGCAGUAGAGGAAGUGGAGGAUGAACAGUCGAAAAUGGAAGGAAUGGCAUCAAUAGCGUUGUUACUAGAUGGGUCAAUCUCGGGUCAUUUUGUUCAGCUUCCCGAGUCCGUUUAUUACCAGAUGGGUCAAUCUCGUCUUUUUGUCUCGACUUCAUAUCUCUCUGGCGAUGUGAGUAAUGAACCAAGGAGAAACACACAACAAUGUAAUCAAGAAGAAGAUGUUCCAGUCUUGGUUGAUGCAAUACUUCCAUUAUCUGCAGCUGCCAUGGCUUUGCCACCUUUAUCUAUUCGAGGUGAUUUGGGAGUUGUUUCUACUGCUGGAGUUAGAUAUGCAUAUCCACUCCUAAAAUCAUUUGCAAAAAUGGGACCUCAAGGUGUUCUUGGUGCCACAAAGCUUUUACGCCCUUUUUCAGAAAUAGUUGAUUCAUUGGGACUCAAAGAUCCUUUCAUUAGAAAUUGGGUGGAUCUUUUGUCUUUCUUACUUGCUGAAGUGAAAUCCGAUGGUGUUCUUUCAGCAGAAAUGAUUUAUAUGUUUGCAGAAUGGUAUAAACCAGGUUGUAGUUUAGAAUACCCUGUUGGUGGAACUGGAGCACUUGUUGAGGCUCUUGUUCUCAGAUUUUCCUUAUGAUAAACUUCCAAAAAUGUCAGAACCUUCACAACUUAUGACAGAAAAUACACGUUCUGAUCUUUAUGUUGCACUCCCUGUUCUCAGUCAAGGAAAGAAAUGGGUCUUACUAUACAGUACAUGGAGGCAUGGCAUAUCUCUUUCAACCUUAUAUAGAAGAAGCAAUCUUUGCCCUGGGUUAAGUCUACUGGUUGUUGGAGAUCGUAAAGGUGCAGUGUUUGGUGGUUUAGUUGAGGCACCUUUGAAACCAUCAA